AUGAAUCGAUCCAUAGAGCAGACGCUCCUCUCGCUGAUGCCGACCCACGGCUCAGUCCUUCCGCCGUCUCUGGUAGAGCUCGCGGGUUCCCUACUAGCACAAUCAAGACACCGAGCGAGCACAUUAAAGGCAGACGAAGAAAUCGGGCGGCUAUACGCUUGCGCACACAUUGCCUGCGACAGACUCAAAAUCACCCUGGACCUCCCCCCAAUCGAACCACGACCGCCAAUCCCCCCCCGAAUCUACAAGCGCCUCUACAGCCACCUCGACAACAUCCUCCCCAACACAGCCCUGAACCGCACCCCAGGCAAAAACGGCACCCCGCGCAACAGGCAACGCCACGGCGUCGAUUCCCCCGUCAGGACACCGCACCGGCCAACGCCGACAAAGGAUAGAUCCCUGGCGCAGUUCCGAACGGGCAACCCGGCGGCGGCGGCAGGCAGCGGGCCCAACACGCCGACAAAAUCAACAGGCAAAGUCGCCUACCCGUCCGACAAGUCGGGUCUCCACUUCUGGAUCCAGCCAACGAUCCGCUACAUGUGCAGGGAAACAAACCAGAAGCACCUCGGGCCGACGAUGCUCGCGGGCAUGGAGUACGUCGUUGUGCCCGGCGGGCGGAGGACGCGCGACACAUGGGUGCGGGAGAACCUGGCUGCGCUGUGCGGCGCAGUAUUCUUCUUCGUCGCGCAGCAGGUCCGGAAGCUCGCGACGGGCAAGGAUGUCGACCGGGAGAACUAUGUGCCCGCGCGGAAGCAGGUUCUGGAUCUUUUGGGUAAGGCGAGGGAGGAGGUCGACGCGCGGGGUCUGGACGAGGACGAGGCGUGGGAGGGCUGGGCGCCGGUCAAGACAAAGGAGUUUGAUGUCGCGGUGCGGGAGGUCACGGAACGCGGCUGGUUGGAUGCGGAUUGGUACCGCAGUCUGGGCGAUGUGAUUGAGGUGGGCCAUGCGAUUGCCGCCAGCCAUGGCCGGGGAGACGAAACUUACAAGGCGCCCGUUCGUGGUGCGGACACGAUGUUCCUGGACCGGUAUGAUUUCUUGAGCGACAAGAAGCGCAGAGACUAUAGGAUAUGGAAGGAGAGUAUCCUCAGGAGGAUAGACUUGAUGGAGAAGGAAAACGGUGACCGCAUGGAGGUGGAUGACUAG